AUGUCAGUUUCCUCGGAGGCCUACGCCAUCAUACAGCAGAAAAAAGCAAAAUACUGCCGCUUAGCCGACACUCAACAAUGGGAUAAAUUCGACAGUAUCAUGCUGCCCAACGCGACAUACUCGUUCCACGAACCUAAUGGAAGCGUGAUUACGCAGGACGGCGUGACCUAUGCAUGGUCGUCACGAGCGGAUUGGACUGCUUUCUUCAACAAUGCGAACAAGGAUUUGCAAGCCAUCCACAAUAUCGGUCCUGCUGAGAUGGAGCAGAUAUCGCCAGAUGAGAUCAAGGCCAGUUGGUCGGUUAUAUAUCAUGUUGGCAACAAGGAUCCCAACUCGGGGGCCCAUGGUACUGGAGGCGGGUACUAUCACGAGACCUGGAGGAAGGUUGGAGACGACUGGUUUAUGGAAACACUGAGGAUGGACCGAUUGUAUUGGAAGCUUUUGACACACUGA